ACUUCUGCAGAAGAUCAAAGCUUAUUCUACUAGACCACGACAAUCGGCUUCACUAUAAAUAUAACAAACGCAUGGAACAGAAGUCAGUAGCGAGUUUCAAUUCAUCUCAUACAAUCUUAGAUAAACUGAAGCAAAAAGAUGGUAUUUAAGACUAUUCUCAUUCUCACCAUUGUUGCCCUGGCCAAUGGAACUAUUCUCCAUAACAACAUCUUGCCAGCAGCUACGAUUUUGCGAACUGCUCCAGUUGCUAUUGCGGCCCAACCCGUGUUGGCAACUGCCGAAGAGAACGACCCUCACCCCCAGUACAACUUUGCAUAUGAUAUCCACGAUGGACUAUCGGGUGAUUCCAAAAGCCAAACAGAAACCCGAGAUGGAGAUGUAGUACGAGGACAAUACACUGUCUUUGAUGCUGAUGGUUUGAGGCGAACUGUUGACUACACUGCUGACCCGAUUAAUGGAUUCAACGCUGUAGUCAGUCGCACUCCAGUUGCAGCAGCCGUUGUAGCCGCCCCCGCACCAACGCUCGCAAUUGCACGUGGACCAGCAUUUGUUAAGACCUCGUUUGCUUCCCCAGUUAUCUCUUAUGCACAUUAAUUAGGUAGAAUAUAUACAUGGUAUUUAAUUUUAUGGAUUUCCUGCAAAUACAUCGAGUUCAUAUGCGAUAAAA